ACCACAUUUUUCUCCCGCCGGGGCCGCCGCACGGUCAUACUGUCUGCCCGCCAGCAUCGUCGGAUUUCAGCUUCUGUUUUAGUGAAGGUCGUGGAGGGACUUUGAAAGCCGUUUCAGAUUCAAAAGAGAGACGCGGGUAAACGGGCUCCGCUGCAACAACCACAGGCUGUCUGUGUUCGUCCUUAUUGUCCGAGCCGCCAGCGCGUGGUCGACUGUUGGACCGAGCCGACUCACCGACCGCACACCUGCUUUAGUCGGGUGCUUUUCAGCUGUCAGUCGCAUUGACCCGCUGUGUAGACUGUGAAGAUCUUCAGAAUUAUCAGCAACAGACAUGGUGAAGCUGACAAAGGCCAAGACUUUCCAGGCUUACCUGGACUCCUGCCACCGUCGCUACAGCUGCGUGCACUGCCGCGCCCACCUGGCCAACCAUGACGAUCUUAUCUCCAAGUCUUUCCAAGGAAGUCAGGGCCGAGCCUAUCUCUUUAACUCUGUGGUGAACGUCGGCUGCGGCCCUGCAGAAGAGAGACUGCUGCUCACGGGACUUCACGCAGUAGCCGACAUCUACUGUGAAAACUGUCACACCACACUGGGCUGGAAAUAUGAACAAGCUUUUGAGCUGAGUCAGAAGUAUAAGGAGGGGAAGUUUAUCAUCGAGCUGUCCCACAUGAUAAAGGACAACGGCUGGGACUGAGAGGGAAAUCUUCAUCUUUCUUCAUGACUUUUUUCAAAAGUUGCAUCCCCUCGAAUUAAAAGGGUUCCAGUGUAGCUUCCUCAUCCCACGUACGAGCCAUCGCUGUGCCACACUUUCACUUCGUACGGCUUUGUCAAGAAUAGCAUGUGAUGCCUUAUCUUUUUCUGUUCUUCAUGUUUUUCCAGCGACCACAACAACACAUUUGCUGAUACUGCUAUCCCAUUUGCUAGUUGUGCUGGGACAUGGACUGAAUGAGUGCAGGGUUUGUGUGUGAACGACUGGGAGAUGUAGUCACACAGGCACGUGUGCAUGUUGGAUUUGAAAGUGAGUGUUUGAGUGAUGAAACCCUUAUCAGUGACCACUAAACACACUGUGUGGGGGCGAGGCCACAACAAGUCAAAUAAUCUGACCUUGUUUCACAUUGGAUGCAGAUAUUUGGGUUCUCCCUCUGAGUUUAAGGUGCACAUUUAGACAUAUCUGGCCCAAACUGAGGAACGUAUUUAGGCCUAUUUAACCCAUAGAUCAUUUUUGAGUGAUGCAAGGGUAUGGGGAUGCUUAUAGCAGUGGGAGGGCUUGUUUUUUUUAUCAGUGAAAUUUGUAUUUUUUUAUGGUAAGAUCAGUAACACUUGUUCAUAUUUUGCCAAAGGCAGUCAGGAUGUGGAAUUAGAGAUGUUAAAGCCCGCAAAAAAAUCUCCUGCAGAAUUCUUAAAUCUGGAGUAUGAGUGUUUUCUGCUUGUAGGUAUGCAUUUUAGUGUAUGUGUGUGUGCGAGCAUGUGUGUGUGCACGCGCUCGCCCAGCGUGUGCUGAGAUGUCCUAAGCUGGACGGUGGUGAGAAGCAUUAGUCGGGUUCACAUCUAGAGUUUUCACUGCACAGCUUGGAUAUCUUCACUUUUACUUCAUGCUGAUGAGAUCUAUCCUUCAUGUGUUUGUGUUUAACCUAACACUGAGCCGCCCUUCCACAUACAUUUACUCAAUCGUGUUAGAGCAAGGUGUGAUUAGGAUUAUGUAGCAUAUUUAUGGUGAUUUUUAAUGUCUGCUUAUUUCAUUAAAAGUGUAUUAUUUUAACCUAAUCUUUCAUUAAAAUGCAGUGUCUGUAA